UAUUCAAAUUGAUAAGACUGCGUGUUUUCGGGUAAGGUUGGGACAGAAGAAGAUUAGAAGGUCAAGUUCGCUGGGGAGGAAAACAAGAAAUCGACAGAUAAGAUGGAGACCAAGGAACUGGAAGUGAACAAAACCCUCCCGUUUGACCCCUCGCUGUUGAACGUCAACAUUUCGUUGCGCCAGAUCGAGGAGAUUGCCACGACUGUUUCCCAACGCUGCCAUGUGAGCGGGGUCAACGAGGUUGCGUGGGCUCUCCGAGCAAUGAUGCUGACCGAUCUGACCACACUGGCCGGCGAUGAUACGGCGGCCAAUGUCCGGAGGCUGUGCCUCCGUGCCUGUUAUCCCUUCGAGCCGCAGUUCUUUGACAAGUUUUUCGAUCGCGCCCUCAUCUCAGAGAUGCACACCGCAGCCGUCUGCGUCUACCCGGCUAGAGUGAAGGACGCCUAUGUAACGCUCCAGCAGUACGACAAGCUGGAUAGGGUUGCUAUUGCAGCAGUGGCCACGGGAUUCCCCACUGGCCAGUACGGCCUGCAAACGCGCCUGCAGGAGAUUAGCCACGCCAUUCUGGCGGGUGCCACCGAAAUCGACAUCGUGAUCAACCGGCAAUUGGCUUUGGUGGGAGACUGGGAGGGAGUCUACAACGAGGUGGUGCUUAUGCGUAGUGCCUGCGGCCAGCAGGCUCACCUCAAGACAAUCCUGGCGAUUGGUGAACUGGGCACAAUGGAAAAUGUCUAUAAGGCGUCCAUGGCCUGCAUGUUGGCUGGAGCCGAUUUCAUCAAGACCUCCACGGGCAAGGAGACCGUCAAUGCUACUCUCCCCGUGGGCCUGGUUAUGAUAUUUGCCAUACAGGAAUUCAAACGCCGAACUUGCCAGAUUGUGGGUCUCAAGCCAGCGGGAGGAGUGAGGACUGUUCGAGAUGCCAUCGCAUGGAUGACGCUUGUCAAUGAAACACUUGGGCCUCGCUGGCUGACACCCGAACGAUUCCGCUUCGGGGCUUCUGGUCUGCUGGAUGAUGUUGAACGGGUGGUGCGCGAGGGAGUGGCCAAAAUGGAGGCGGAGGAGGCCCUCAAGAACCAGGUGGUUCCACCCGAGGUGGCUGCUGCCGAAGGCUUCUGCAAGGAACUCAAAAAGAAGAAGAAGGAGGCGAAGUAAGGAGCUCUGCUGUAGCCAUCACUCAUAUGGAGUACACAUAUAUUGUAGCAUUUUUUACAACUGACUAAACCUAGCAAAAAAAACAGCAGUACCCCUUUAA